UUGACGCUCUCAAACGUCUGUGUUAUGAGACGUGUUUUAUAAGGCUCACAUUUAUUUGCCUAACGGGAGUGUUACACAAACUGUUCACUGACAGAGGGGACACUUCACCUCUACUGAUUUAAAGAAAGAAAGGGAAAACUGCUGGUGUCUGGUCAGCGUACGCUAUCUGUCACAUCAUGUUUCCAGCUAGCAGAUAUUCAGCUGCUAAAGCUCACAGGUGUAUCAGGGCAUUGAAGACUGUCCAACUAGAGCAUGCUGCCCCUCAGCAGUACACAACCAUAAACAGACGGGCUUCCUCUUCAGUAACAACACCCCCCAUCACCACACACUACACUAUCCAUUCUCGGGACAAGGAUCCAAGAUGGGAAGGUAUCGAAAUGGAGAGGUUUGCAGACGAGGCCGAUGUGGUGAUAGUAGGCGGGGGCCCAGCCGGUCUUUCUGCAGCCAUUCGUCUGAAGCAGCUAGCCAACGAGCAAGAGAAGGAGCUGCGAGUGUGCCUCGUGGAGAAAGCCUCUCAGAUCGGGGCACACACCCUCUCAGGAGCCUGUCUGGAGCCCUCCGCCCUCAGCGAACUCAUUCCUGAUUGGAAGGAGCGAGGGGCACCGCUGAACACUCCAGUGACAGAAGAUGUGUUCAGCCUUUUAACGGAGAAACACAGAAUCCCUAUCCCCAUUUUGCCAGGUCUUCCCAUGGUGAAUCAUGGGAACUACAUUGUGAGGCUGGGGAACUUUGUGCGCUGGCUGGGGGAGCAGGCGGAGGAGCUGGGAGUGGAGAUCUACCCUGGAUACGCUGCAUCUGAGGUUUUGUUUCACGAGGAUGGAAGUGUAAAAGGAAUCGCCACCAAUGAUGUGGGCAUCGCCAAGGACGGCUCGCCGAAGGAUGUAUUUGAGAGAGGAAUGGAGCUCCAUGCUAAAGUCACGUUGUUUGGAGAGGGCUGUCACGGCCACUUGGCCAAACAGCUUUACAAGCAAUUCAACCUGCGUGAGAACUGUGAACCCCAGACCUACGCCAUCGGACUGAAAGAGGUGUGGGCGAUUGACAAGAAGAAGUGGAGGCCGGGCAGAGUGGAGCACUCUGUGGGUUGGCCCCUGAACAGAAACACAUACGGAGGGUCCUUCCUGUAUCACCUGGACGAAGGAGAGCCGCUGGUGGCGCUGGGCUUUGUGAUUGGUCUGGACUACUCCAACCCUUACCUGAGCCCCUUCAGGGAGUUCCAGCGCUGGAAGCAUCAUCCCUCCGUGGCUCCCACGCUGGAGGGUGGCACCAGGAUCGGAUAUGGAGCCAGGGCUCUGAACGAAGGAGGGAUACAGUCAAUCCCAAAGCUGACCUUCCCAGGAGGUUUACUGAUAGGCUGCAGCCCUGGCUUCAUGAAUGUCCCGAAGAUCAAAGGCACCCACACGGCCAUGAAGAGCGGCAUGCUGGCUGCUGAGGCCAUUUUCCCUAAAAUCACAGCAGAGAACCCGGAGUCAGAGACGUUAGGCCUCCAUGUACCUGAGUACGCUGAGAGCUUGAAGAAGUCGUGGGUGUGGAAAGAGCUGUAUGCAGUCAGAAACAUCCGGCCGUCCUUCCACAAUUACUUUGGUCUGUACGGGGGCAUGGUCUACACCGGGGUCUUCUACUGGAUCUGCAGAGGAAAGGAGCCGUGGACGCUCAAACACGCUGGCCUCGACGCCGACCAGUUGAAACCAGCUAAAGAGUGCACCCCCAUCGAAUACCCCAAGCCCGACGGGAAGAUAAGCUUCGACCUGCUCUCCUCUGUGGCUCUGAGCGGCACCAACCACGAGGGGGACCAGCCCGCCCACCUCACCCUGAAGAACGACAGCGUCCCGGUGGAGAGGAACCUGGCCAUCUACGACGGGCCGGAGCAGCGCUUCUGCCCCGCAGGUGUGUACGAGUAUGUUCCCCUGGAAACUGGAGAUGGGAUGAGGCUUCAGAUUAAUGCUCAGAACUGUGUCCACUGUAAGACGUGUGACAUCAAGGACCCGAGCCAGAACAUCAACUGGGUGGUGCCUGAGGGCGGAGGAGGGCCAGCCUACAACGGGAUGUGAACAUCGUGUUUUUUUUAACCUUUUUUGUCUAGAAAGAUGACUGUAAAGUAUCAUCCAGGGCUGCAGUACUUGCCAGCGAUGGUGAAUGUGCCUAAUUAUGGAACAGGAAGUAAAUACAUAACUGGGUUUAAAAGGUAUGAAAAAUUAAAUCUGCAAAAAGCAAGGAUAUUAGAAAUAUGAAUGCCUUUUUUGUCAUAGAAAUCCUUAAUUUAUGCAGUUAUAUUACAUUUAAAAUGUGGCAUUGGUUGUGAAAUCCAUCCAAACAGGACCAUUAAACUGAGCUUUGAUCAAACGUUGCAGUUGCUUCAUAACGGCUAUAAAACAAUAUGGGCAUUUUAAAGUAGUUUUACAAUAAAGUGGAUCUUUAGCCGCUUUCACAUCCCAGCACUUAGUUCCCCCAUGGAACUAAGAGCAGAUCGCGUUCACACAGGAAUAAGUCCCCUGACUGAAGAUUACGCAAAUGAAGCCGCUGGCGUCACUUCUUCUUCUUCUGCUUGGGGUUACUGGCAGGCCGCAAACAACUUCACGGCGUAUACUGCCACCCCAAGUCCCCGGAGUUGGGGAGUCUUCCGAGAAAUCGGCAGAACGCGACUCCACCGCUCCCAUGUUUUCUUUUGUGUUGCCAUAAGUUAGUCUCUCUCCGUUGGUGCGCGGGGCUAAUGCUAAUAAUGCUAAUUCCAGCAAAUACAAUGGCGGCUUCACAAAACCUUUCAGUUUUACGGGGCGUGGUUUGCAAUUUGUCCAUUCAAUCAGCAAUUGGAACUUUUUUCUCCCCAGGAAAGAACCAGCUCUCUAGCAGGGACUGAAAAGGGGGGGGAAAGUUCUCAUGAACCAAGUUCUCUUUUUGGUGUGAACGUAAAAUCCCAGGAACUAUCGGAACAAGUAUUCCGGUGUGAAAGUGCGUAUUGUGUUUUAAAACGAGGUACCCAACAAACUAAUAAUAUAUUUCCUCUGUAAAUGAACAAGCAGCUCUCAAAUUCAGGUUUAUUCAGCAUUUAUUCCAGGAAUAUUUGGACAGCAUUUGAUCUGCUCAGUAUUGUACAUAAAAUCAUUCGAUGAUAUCACACUAAUGAAUAAAGCACUUGACUUCU